GGCUUCAAGUUUGCCAGUUCUUCAUGCACUCAGGUUAACACAGGGCUUCAACAUCGCGUCAUUAACUGUUUCAUUCUGUUAGAUAGCGUCUUCUGACCGGAGAGGUUUUGGUUGAAAAAAUUGGUCGUGAUCUCUAUCAGCUGGAGCUAGGGUUAAGAUUAAAUUCGGGCUGUGGAUUUAUGGUUCAACUAAACUGAUCAGGAUUUAUGGUUCAACUAAACUGAUCAGGAUUUAUGGUUCAACUAAACUGAUCAGGAUUUAUGGUUCAACUAAACUGAUCAGGAUUUAUGGUUCAACUAAACUGAUCAGGAUUUAUGGUUCAACUAAACUGAUCAGGAUUUAUGGUUCAACUAAACUGAUCAGGAUUUAUGGUUCAACUAAACUGAUCAGGAUUUAUGGUUCAACUAAACUGAUCAGGAUUUAUGGCUCAACUAAACUGAUCAGGAUUUAUGGCUCAACUAAACUGAUCAGGAUUUAUGGUUCAACUAAACUGAUCAGGAUUUAUGGCUCAACUAAACUGAUCAGGAUUUAUGGUUCAACUAAACUGAUCAGGAUUUAUGGUUCAACUAAACUGAUCAGGAUUUAUGGCUCAACUAAACUGAUCAGGAUUUAUGGUUCAACUAAACUGAUCAGGAUUUAUGGUUCAACUAAACUGAUCAGGAUUUAUGGUUCAACUAAACUGAUCAGGAUUUGUGGUUCAACUAAACUGAUCAGGAUUUAUGGUUCAACUAAACUGAUCAGGAUUUAUGGUUCAACUAAACUGAUUGCCCGCUGUGACCUUUCGUCUGGUCGGUUUUUUCACCGUGACCAGUGAAGUGUGUAGUGACGUCACGUGGCUUUUGUUGACCGCAACAUUAGUGAACUGGACCGUCAGGGUGAAGGUCGACAAAAGUAACUGAUGGCUGUAGACACACUCGCAGUAGUAUAAAGAAAUUAUACCGAGGCUGGUGUAGACACAUCACUUCUAGCGAGGCUGGUGUAGACACAUCACUUCUAGCGAGGCUGGUGUAGACACAUCACUUCUAGCGAGGCUGGUGUAGACACAUCACUUCUAGCGAGGCUGGUGUAGACACAUCACUUCUAGCGAGGCUGGUGUAGACACAUCACUUCUAGCGAGGAUGGAGGUGUGGCCACAUCCACACAAAAAACCAGCCAUGUUCCUCCACACUGCCACAAUUGUCCUCUGUGUUUUCUUUAAAUUCUCUCUCAGCACUAAGUUUCUACUGACGGUACCAAAAGAAGCCAGCUAUGACAUGGACUACACGGCUGUCGUCACAGCAUUUGACCACACCCCUGGGGAGAGGGAGACAGUAGAGUUGACGUAUAGAGGCAGAAAAGAUUCCAGUCGACUUCUCAACUCAACGAUAUUUUAUUUUGAUGCAGAUGGCAGCCAGAACUGGACAGUUGUGUUUCCAUGGCAACACAUGCAGGAACUGGGUGAGACCGGGCUCAAGAUCAGUUUGUCCAGCAAGGAGCAGGGCAAGUCUUGUCUGGUCAACUUCCGUCAGUCACACGGCCACAUCUUCAUUCAGACAGACAAGCCAAUCUACACACCUAGACAGACAGUCAAAUUUAGAAUCAUUGCUGUUGAUGACAGUCAAAGACUUGCCAAAUAUCCUGUCAAAGUUGACAUCAAGGAUGUCAACCACAUAACUGUAGACAGAAUCAGAUAUUCAGCAGAAGAGGCUUUUAAAGGCCAAGAGUUUGAGUUGCCAAAGGAGACCAAAUCUGGCCAGUGGUCUAUUUCUGCUAGCUUCGAAGGACCGGACAAUAUUGCAAGUACUACUCAGACAGUGAACUUUGAAGUUAGAGAGUAUGUCCUCCCCAGAUUUUCAGCCCAACUCCACAUUGACAACAGCGUCAUCACAAGAGAUUUGAAUUGGCUCGGACUCAAUGUUACAGCCAGGUAUGUCCAUGGGAAGCCUGUGUUUGGAGCUGCUAGUAUACAGCUUGGCAUCUGGACGCCUAGCCUAGGCACCAGACUUCUGCCUGGAGCAUCUUAUUUCAACAUGCUAAAAGAUGGCUACUACACAAAAUAUGUUCGGCUGGGCAGUGUGCUGCCAUCUUUCAUCACGUACGACGGGACAGAGAAACUUUACGUCAAUGUGAACGUGACAGAGAGUGCCACACUCGAGAACUUCACAAUAGUUGACACCUCCACCUUCAUUGCUCACCCGUACUACAUUGUCAGCUUCACACAGUCCAAAAAGUUUUUCAAGCCAGGUUUCCCAUACACAUUCCAGGUCCAGGUCAAUGCCCAGAGUGGUCCUCCCGCCUCCAAGGUCAUGCUGUAUGUCAAGGUCAAGUACCUUGAUGCUGAGAAUAAUGUCAUCCAAAGGUUGGGUGAUACCCAUUUUCUAGAUGAGGUUGGUGCUCUAAGUAUAUCAUUCAACACACCAGACACAGCUGAACGGAUCCAGUUUGAUGCCAUUGUGCUGGACAUGUACAAGGUGGGUUUCAAGGAGUUCAAGUUUGAGGUCAACAGGUUCAAUUCUGUCAACAGACGUUACAUCCAUGUGCAGCUUGAAGCCAAUGUUCAGAAAAACAAAGAUGGUGUCAUCCUCCUGCAGUACACAAAAGCUGAGACCAACCAGUGGGCCAACCUGGACUGGAUAACUGUCUAUGUAUUGGCCAAAGGUCAGAUCAUCUACACAACAACAGUUGUGAGAAACACGGAUGGAAAAUCCAGCGUCCAUCUGCCCAAAGUCCUGUAUCCAGAAGUAUCCCCCAACAUGCGGAUUGUUGCCUUGUAUUUGUUCAGAGAGGAGCUGGUCAUAGACUCCCUGUUUGUAGAUACACCAGACUACUGUCUGCAGGAGGUGAGCCUCAGUGUCCCCCCCUCACAAGCCCAGCUGGUGAGCAGACCAAAAGACAACUUCAAGUUUACAAUCUCUGGCCAGAGGUCCAUGCGAGUGGGACUUGUAGCCGUGGACAAAGCUGUUUUUUUACUCAAUGAUAAACAGACUUUAACUCGACCUUGGAUGUUCCAUCAAUUGGCCAGUCGUGACCAGGGCAAGGACAGCGGUGAUGGCAAGACAACUGAGGAGAUUUUUUUGAACUCUGGGCUCCAACAGCUGAUGAUAGACAACAACGACCUGCCUCCAACAACCAGCCGCGUCUUGUCUGAGGCAUUCUUUGAUGAAGUAGUCUUGACUGAUG